CGCCGCUACGUGGGGAGAGAAGCGCCCCCGGCGUCCGCACCGGUGCUCGCGCUUCCUUUCCCUCGCAAACCCUUUCCCCGCGUCGCACGCGCUCGCGGCUUGUGGGCGAUGUCGGCGUUCCUUCUGGCUCACUGCGUCCAACGUGCGGCCGAUAUGAACGGAGUUCCGACGACGACGGCGCGCUACGCCGCGUCCGGCGCACCGCAGGCUUCCGCUCUGCCCGCGGCGUGCGCCCUGCGUUCGCCGACCGGCCGGCAGCCCAAGUGCGCCCGCUGCCGGAACCACGGCCGCCGCCGAUUGGUGCGGGGUCACAAGCGCCAGUGUCCCUUUCGGGAGUGCACCUGCGAGAAGUGCGAGCUCAUUGCCGAACGCCAACGGGUCAUGGCCAAGCAAGUGGCCCUGAGGAGGGCCCAAGCAGCCGCCGAAUCCACGGGCAACCAGCUGAUGACUGAUGACGAGAACGACGCGGAGCCAUUGCCUGCUAGCCCCGUGCUCGGUUGGCAUAUUGCCCCUCCAUCGCAGUGGAAUUCGGGCGAGGCAGCGGCGCCCAACCUGACGUCACCACUCGCACGAGGAACGUCGGCCUUCGCUGCCGCAGGUAUCCUCGAGGACUUGCGGAAGCGCCGGUACGUUCAAGACGCCCUCACCUGCCUUGCCAACGCUCUCGCCAUGGCCGGUGCUGAGGUGCCACCGCUCGUUUACCUGUACGCGCUCCUGCGGGAGACAAACUUCAGCGUCGAUCGUGCCUUUUCCCGGCUACUAGAAGCUCGGCUCGAGGUCCAGUCGCUGGCGAUCCAGGAGUCACUGCAAAAGCAGCCGGCCGGCCCGGCUGUUGCGCCGGCCCUCCAGAUGUGGUCGAACGUGCCCUGCCAGCCGUGCUCCCCCACGGCUUCCGCCACCGGUCUGGUGGCGGUGCCCACUUUGCCUUCCCUCCUUGCACCCAGGCUUCCGGCGCCGCUGCCACAAGCUUUUCCCGUUGCCGUCUGUGCGCGGCCGAGCGCGGCGGCCGCGCACAGCCACCCCCACGUCGUCGCGGCAUCCCCGCCAGAGCGACCCGCUUCGGACGUCCACGAGAGGCGUCGUUCAAGCAGCGGCGACUCGUCGGAAGACGAUCUGCUCUUGGAUGUGGAGAGCGAGCAGGGACAGUCGCCUGGUGGUUUCAGCUGUUCGCCCGGCGCGUCUAAAGAUCGGAGGAGCAGGCUGUUUGCUGCCAUGCGCAACUCAUAACUCCGUUGCCAACUCCGUCCUUAACAUUACGAGGCGAUGGUGUGCUAAGGUGUCCUUUGAAAUACACAGGACGGUACGCUGGUGUAUGAGCAGCGUACAUGCCUGGCGGUGUAGUGCAAGCGUCCGGCGUCCCUGAUCGAAUAGAUGGAAGUAGGCGUCGAGGGGCUCACCCGUAUCAAACGCACCUUACUGCUUUGCUAUAAGCACUGAAUGAUUAACGUUAGAGAUGGACAAAACGGCUCACUUCAGUGAACGGCUCGGAACGGCUCAGCUCAUUGAAAUGAACCGGUUCAUUUGAACGGCUCACCAGUUCACUCAAACGUGUAACCUGUGUUAUGCAUAUUCUAUAGUUAUCUGGCUUUGAAAAAAAACGAUAUAUGUAUAAUGUAAUAACCGUGUUAUUGAUAUUUUCGCUAUGUUUAGAGAAUAUUUUUACAUGUAUUAAAAGCGUGAAUUUUUAGUUGUAAUGAAACUUUCUUUUCUGAUAUUGGGGAUAAAAUGCUUAUGAUACUGUAA